AUGGACGACGACAACGUUCACACGCCGGAGGAUUCGACGGAAGAAUCUGAUUCGGAGGUUGAAAACGACGGUGACGUUGUGAAUUACAGUGCACAUUUUGUGACAGACACAGUUUUUCUAACGUUUGACGAUGCAUUUACAUGGGCGGAUGCUGUUGCAAUAAAUCUGGGAUUUAUUUUGGUGAAAUCGUCUUUCAACAAACAGAGGGAUGGUCGACUAGUUCGAUAUUUAAGAUGUGACCGGGGACGCAGGAGUAAGCCGAGAGAUCUUGAGAACGCAAUUCGGAAGGACACCAAAACCAAGGGCAUUGGUUGUCCUUUCUACAUCAAGAUAUGUUACGAGUUCGUCACCAAUACUUGGUUUAUCCGGGCGAAAGAUGAUGUAACUGGGACCCACAACCAUCCAAUGAUUGCGUAUCCAGAGGGUCAUCGUAAAAUUAGUGGGUUGAGCCCGAAUGCGAAGCAGGUUGUGCGUGACAUGACGAAGUCUAAGGUUGCACCGCGUAACAUCAUGGCGACUAUUGCGGAGCAAUUUCCUGCUGAUCAUCCAAACAUCAGACACAUCUACAACUGCCGGAAUGACUUCAGAGAGGAGAUGUCUGAUGGGAGAGGAGUUGUUCAGCAAUUUCUACAUUUGGCGAGACAGAGUCAGUAUGUUUACUGGGUCAUGUCCGAUGAUGAAGGCGUUUUACAGCACGCCUUUAUGGUGCACCCAGUCAUGGUAGACAUCCUACGGACGUACCCCUAUGUGAUCGGUAUGGAUUCCACUUACAAGACUAACCGAUACGGGAUGCCGUUCUUUGAGAUAGUUAGCGUGACACCGACAAACCAGAAUUUUCUCGUCGCUUACGUGUUCAUGCGCAACGAGAGCACGGCAAGCUAUCGAUGGGUUUUGCAGAGGUUGAGAGACAUGAUUGGGUAUAAUAAGGAGCCGUCGGUUUUCUUGACAGACCGUGAGCUUGGGCUAUGUGCUGCAUUGAGGGAAGUGUUUCCAGGAACCUCGCACUUACUUUGUCGAUGGCACAUUAACAAAGAUGUGGAGGCUCGGGUCACUGCUAUGUUCAAAAGCAAGAAAAUCGGUUCUUUGGAUACUGUAUGGGCUCGAGUUCAUAGCCACAUUGGUAAUCAAAUCAUCGCAAUUCGUAAUGGUUUGGAGGCUUCUAGGUCGAAGAUAGGUCAAAAGUACCGACAGUUGCCGCUGUCACGUAUAAACGGGAAGGUGUCUCAGCAUUGUUUGAAGGUUCUCGAUGAGGAGACAAGGAGGAUGAGGGAGCUGAGUUAUCAAGUGCACGAACGAUGUGGAUGUGCAAUGCGUGUGACCCACGGGUUGCCCUGUGCAUGCCAGAUACAUGAUUCGCUAGCUGCUGGGACAGGAUUGUACAUAAGGCAAAUUCACCCGUUUUGGAGGACCUUGGUUAUUGGUUCUGGAGAGCACGGGACGGUGCCUGACAAUGACUCGACCGAGGAUGCCGCACAUUUUCGUUCUCUGAUGGAUGAGGUGUUUGAUAGUGAUCCUGCUGUUCUUCGAAACGUGUCUCGCAUCAUUGAAGAGGAGCUGCAUUCGGAUCAUUCCGAUCUCAGAGAGCCUGCUGCAAACCACCAGGUUCGUGGUCGACCAAGACACAAUGAUACAAGACGUGAUCGUUCUUAUUUUGAACAUGUAAACCGCCAACACACUGUACGCGGCGCACGACAAACAGGAGAUGUAAACGACAUUAGCCAAAGCCGUUAUCGACACAUGCUUCCAGGGCCGAUGUUGCCUUACAUCACAGGAUGGAAGGAUGUCAUUGGCGAUGGGAACUGUGGGUUUCGUUGUGUGGCCGAGUUCUUCUUCGGUGAUCAAGGCCGAUGGUAUGACGCUCGAGAGACAAUAGCGAAUGAGGUCCUCGGUUAUCGAGCCCUAUAUGAGAGGAUUUAUGGGCUUGGAAGACUUGAGAUCAAUGUGCAGCGUAUUCGAUGGGACGGUGGGGCGGUUGAUUCCCGUCAUUGGAUGGUUGCAAUACAAGAUUUAUUUCCUAUUGCGACGUGGUUCAACGCAGCGAUUAUUAUUCUUGGUGUAGGCCAAACACCGACUUGCUACUACCCAUGCCUCACGAUAUUGCCGUUGCGGGCAAGAAGGGGGGUCACAGCACCGGAGCGAGAGUUUGUCAUCGCUACAGUUGGGGCCUCACAUUUUAUUUGUCUUGAACUUGCACCUGAUUCGCCACUUCCCCCGGUUGCAGGUUGGUGGACCGAGCACCACGACCCAAGUGUUGACGGUUGGGAUCAGCGUUACGAAGCUAGAAGGAACAUGUGGGAUGCCUUAAUUAGAUAG